AUGGAAGAGCCCAACGCAUCCAUAGCCGGCUCCUCCCGUUCAGCUGCAAACAUCACGCCUAACCCUGACAUGUCUGGGGAGACUCUCGACAAGCUCAGUUUACUCGAUCAAAUCGUCUCGACUGCCAAAACAGCAAAAGCAGCUAUGCUCAGAGGUCAAGAGAUCCAAGUGUCACAGAGUUUAGGUCAUCUCAGUUCUCAUCUUGAAAUCGCAAACGAGAUGGGAGUAGGACCCACUUCCACGCCGAGAGAAGCACCGACUCCCCACUCGCAAAGCGUAUCUCCGAUCACCUAUCAAACAUCACCAAACAUCACCACCGACAUGCACACGAUGGCACCUCACAACAUGCAAACUUCUUCACAAUCCAGCGCAAAUGUGGUUCCCUUGACAGGCUUAUUACCUCCCCUUUCACUCGACGUCAAAAACCCUGCACCGCUUAUGCCACAAUCGACGGCACCACCUUCGAUGACACCAAUGAUGUCCGCGACGCCGGACUACAUGUCCCCUCAAGGAAUGCCACAAGCACCGCCAAUGGUACAUUCUCAUUCUUUCCCGAACGGGCAUCAACUUCCUUCUCAACUGCAUGGCAUAGCGCCACCCACCACGCCUAUCGUACCCUCUCCAUCAUUCACAGCAGCCUUAGGCAUCGCUCAUGCUCCUCUAAUCUCCUCUCCACUAGUCACGAUGCCGAUAUCUCGUCCGCCAUCGCCACCGAGACCUUAUCCCAUUCCUGAAGAACCUUGGGCGCCUGACUUCACCGAAGUCUUUGGUAGAGCUCCUGAAGCUUCUCGACGUCCAUCGUUGAUCGAUGGUCGUACUGACGGUCGUCCUGUUGUGAACCGUGCCCGAAGUACCUCAGUGCACAAAGCAUGGUCUCAUGCUCAAAUGACGGCUUCUGUUCCUCCUUCCGCUUGGCAUUCUCGACAUGCAUCUCCGGAAGAUGACGGUGGCGACGAUGACGAUUCCGACGAUGAAGGUCCUAGACGUACGAAGAGAAGACGAUCAUCAGGAGGAAACGAACAACCAGACGUAUCGAUGGGUACGGCUGCAGUUCUGUCUGAUGAUAUACGUCGACAACUCGAUGAUAUUUUCCUUCUUUUCCUUCAACGAGUAUGUUCAGAUUUAGAAGCGGUCGACAGUAAAGGUGAAAAGUUACAUCAGGUUUUGAUGCCGAAGAAGAUGCAGAGAUUGGAUGAGUCGACGGAUUAUCGACCGUUCAAAUUCAGAAUCCAAGCGUUCACCAAUGCGUUUCACGAGGAAUUGACCAAGAGGGGGAUAUCGGAGGAGAUUUUGAGUAUCAAAAAAGUCAAAACGUAUUUGUGGAGACAAGAUUUGAUCUCGAGGUUCAAUUCAGAUGGGAAGAAAGCGAAGAGUAAGGGUAAUCAUAUUUGGAAUGUGGACGCGAAGAAGUUACCUGGUGGAGGAUGGGUAUUUAGACCGUUCAAACGGCGGAUCAUUGGGCAGCCUAACACGUUUGCCGUCGUGAAUCAGAGAUACGAAUGGGAACCCCGUAUUUGGGAUCCUCAAGCAGCUGCGGACACUCUCAAACCUACCUUUUCGUCUCCAGCCGGUUCUCUCCCAACAUGGUUAAAUUGGGAAGAUAAUCUCCGUCUUGUCGGUAUGCCCAAUCAGCCAAGUCAACAAGUGGAAAUCACCGUCAACGCAGAGUUUAUCGAUGGAGCCGGUUCUUUAGCUACAGUAGAGGGAAAGUAUAAAAUACAAGUGGUUCCUGCUAUGGUACCCAUCGACUCUGCUACCACUUCGACAAAUACGACAACGACCACGACGAAUACAGGGAAUGUGGGUGCAACGACUUUGUCAGCUAGUGGAGUUGGGAGUGGGUCUGUCAAUGGUAUUCCUACUUCUGGAUAUGGGUAUUCUCAGACUUGGGAGUAUACGGAUGGACUUCAGAUGAAUCAGUCAGUGUAA